AGCAUACCUAGCGGCAGUUUAACUGAGAGUUUACAAGGGCAGCCUGGCCGUAGGUCAUUUCAUCAGCUGAUGGCUACUGGCUUUAUUUAUUGAAGAAACCACAAAAUCAGGAAAAUAGAACUUCACAGCACAGAAGAAUGGAUGAGAAAGGUCUGAAUUCCGACAAGGUACACAGGUCUUCUGGAUUCGACAGUUUUCUUCAAAAUAUUAGGGAUUUGGAGCAGGAGUUAAAUGACACCUUCAAUGAAUUUAAUUCGAAAUCAGAUCUACAACAUGGAUUUUCGACUUGUUUGGAGAAUAAAUCUGCAUCGUUUUUAUACCACACAGAAUUAUUGAAAGCAUUAGAGAAAAUUGGACUGAACUAUGAUGACUACAUACAGACUAUGAAUGAACUGGAGCUUGAUAAAGAAUGCGACCAAGGUGAAAAAUCAGACAUGGAAGUGGAUGGCAGAACGUUUUUGAAUUGUACUGAGAAAGUUCCAGAUAAUAAUACUUUUGAAAUAAAAACGAACUCACAAGCUAAACGACUGUCAAAUAUUUUAGAAGACAGUAAGCAGCUUAAGAACACUGAUUCGGAAACUAGACUUAUGCACCAAAAAAUUGAAGAUGAAAUCAGUAGAUUAGAAAAAGCGAAAUGGCAGUAUUAUGCUAGUGCUAUUGAGAAUGCAAAAGCGUGUAGUGAGAAAACAAUUUUACGUUGGAGUGAAAUUCAUGUCCCCUCGGAGCAGGAUGAAGAUCAACCCGAUCCUUCAACGGAUGGAAAUAUGUUGACUGAAUUUCAAUCUGAUGAGGAGUAUAUGAAUCUACGUAUAGAAGAACUUGAAGCGGAGAAGAAAUGUGAACAAGAACGUUUGAAACGAAUCCAACAGAUUGAAGAGGAUUCACUCAUAUUUAAUGCAAAUAAUCGUCUUUAUAGUUGGCGGUCUCUACUGGACAUUAUGCAAACAAAAUUUAGUCCUUCCUAUUCUCCUUCUUCCUAUGGAACAAGACCUCAUUCGGCUAUACAACAUACAAAUAAUCGAAACCAAUUUUUUAAAACAAACUUAAUUGACAGAAAUUUUGGAUUGUAUUUUGAUCUGUCGGAUAAAAGUGGAACUCAAGAUUCACAUAAUCGAUCAACAUCGGAAGUUUCAGACAAUUAUCAUCAAAACAUGGGUGAAGCAAUUCCUAGUCAGAUACCUAGGCAGCAAACUCAGCGAAAAUAUAGAAGUUCAAGAUUGUCGAACAUUAAAUUGUCUGUGAAUGUCACGGAUCCUGGAGUGUCAACGGGACAAAGUGUUGAUGAAGACAAGGCGUCUCGUCCUGGUACCUCGAGUGCUGUUACAUUGGAGUUGGCCCGUGGGAAUGAUAUAGCCUGUGAGUUGUUGUCUCCAGACUCACGUGGUAUGGGUGAUUUGAAGGCGAAAUCUGUGAUCGACGACUGUUCGACCUUGGGGAUUUCGUCGCCCGAAUUAGAAAGAACGAACGGUGGAGUUGGGAGAAGUUCAAGAUUGUCGAACAUUAAAUUGUCUGUGAAUGUCACGGAUCCUGGAGUGUCAACGGGACAAAGUGUUGAUGAAGACAAGGCGUCUCGUCCUGGUACCUCGAGUGCUGUUACAUUGGAAUUGGCCCGUGGGAAUGAUAUAGCCUGUGAGUUGUUGUCUCCAGACUCACGUGGUAUGGGUGAUUUGAAGGCGAAAUCUGUGAUCGACGACUGUUCGACCUUGGGGAUUUCGUCGCCCGAAUUAGAAAGAACGAACGGUGGAGUUGGGAGGUCUAAUGAUUUCUCCCAGGAUAAUGACUACUGCAGCUCAGUAACCAAAGUUAACAGUUUCGUACAAUACAUUGAAAAACAAUUAGCUGUCUACAUAAAUCAAAUCUCAUCGUCUCAUCCUCUGUAUGAUUCUUCUAAAUCAGAUACAUCCCUUGGUUUGAAUGUGGUCACCUGCCUCGUUUUACUCAGUGUAAAGAUACCAGUGAAUUUGGUUGAAAUUUCGACAUACUUCACUUUUGUGAAAAUCCUGAAGAUAAGUGAAUGCAAUUUACAAUCAUCUGAUAUUUCCAGAAUGUCUCAUCUACCAAAUUUAGAAGUCCUGGAUCUCAGUAUAAAUAAGUUGAGCAUUCUUGACUUCACUGGGAUUAACCUAACAAAAUUAACCAUUCUGAAACUGAAUAAUAACCAAAUUAAAAGAAUCUCAGAUAUUACAGGACAUUUCCCUAGUCUUAUAAUACUAGAUGUAUCGUUCAAUUUCAUUACAAGUAUUGAUUUUCAAACAGUAGCUAAUUCAUUUCCAAAACUCUAUGAACUAUUGGCAUCAAGUAAUCUUAUUACAAAAAUGCGGUGCAGUCCUACCAAUAUGACUGAAACUGAAUGGAAUCUCAGCGUAUUGGAUGUAUCUGAUAAUCAGCUGGUAACUACUGAUAGCCAGUUGAUGUCAUAUUCGAGAAUCACUCGACUUUAUUUAUCCUCGAAUAUUUUAAAUCAGCUGUGUCAUUCUGCAUUCCAUGGAGAUCUGCUACAGGAACUCGUACUUGAUAAUAAUAAUCUAACGUCAAUAGAUUCAUUGAGUGAAUGUUGCCUGCCAAAUCUGAUUCACCUGAGCAUGAAUCAUAACAGGAUCACUGAGAUACCUUUACUUCCUUUUCCACUAAUGAGAAAACUGUCAGUUAUGCAUAAUCUGAUAUACGAAACUGAAAAUUUCUUAAGAAGUUUGCGGUGUAUAUCAAGCAUGUGUGAGAUAGAUAUUCGAAAUAAUCCUUGUACACUGAAUGUGAACUUCAUAAAAUCAGUUGAAAGGAAAUUCCGUAAAUUGAUAGCCUGUGAAAACGACCAUUGUGAAAGCACAGGACUGAUUAAUCAACAAGAGGUGAAGUUCGCGACUGUCAAUGAAGGAAUCUGUCAGUGUGUAAAUUGUAAUCAAGUGCAGUUGUUAUGUGAACAGUACUGCCAGGAAUAUCAGGCGUAUUCGAAAGAUUUAGAUGAAUUGUUCAGGUGUUUACAUAGUACAUUUAUCAACCAUAGAAUAGGUGGUUUCAAUGAGACAAAUUCAGUUGGCUGUGUAUCAUGUCACUUGAGCUGUGAAAUCAAUCAGAAAGAAUCAUGGAAUAAGCUUCUACAUUUAAACAAAGAGAAUAUCUUGUUAAAUAUCUGUGGUGAUGGGAACAAAUCGUCUCUAGUCAGUAGAUACAGACACCUCGUAGAUGAAGCAAUUUCAACAAAUAAUAAAAAUGCUUUGUUGUUCAGAAGACUGUUCAAUAGAAGAAAUAAAGACUUACUCAAUGACAAGGUGAAUAGCGUUUUUCAAUUCAGCUGUCACAAGUUAUAA